AUGGGAAAGCAUGACUUCUUGACACCCAAGGCCAUCGGCAUCCGCAUGAAGGCCAAAGGACUCCAGAAACUCCGGUGGUUCUGUCAAGUCUGUCAAAAACAGUGUCGAGACGAGAAUGGCUUCAAGUGCCACACAACAUCCGAAGCACAUCAACGUCAGAUGUUGAUCGUGGCCAACGACCCAGACAAGUUCAUGAGUGGCUACAGUGAACUCUUUGAAGACGCGUUUCUCGAGAACCUUCGCCGACGUCAUGGGACCAAGCGCAUGCGGGCUACGCACGUGUACAAUGAGUACAUUGCCGACAAACUGCACGUCCAUAUGAACGCGACCCAGUGGGAGACGCUCGGCAGCUUUGUGCAGUACUUGGGGCGCACGGGCAAGUGCGUUGUCGAUGAGACAGAGAAAGGGUGGCACAUCCAGUAUAUUGACAGGGACCCCAAGGCUAUAGCUCGACAGGAGGAGCUGGAGAAGAAGAAGAAGGCGGAUUUGGACCAUGAAGAGCGGAACCGACUGUUUAUUCAACGUCAGCUCAAGAUUGCGAGUGAAAAAGACGGCGUGGAGACGACACAGCGACCGACCAAGUUGCAGCGUGGAGAGAACGGAGAAACGAUCAAGAUCUCGUUGUUGGCUGCGAAGAAAGAGCGCGGGAUGAAGGAUAGUGGAGUGUCUGAUGCAGGGAAGGCUUUGGCGUUUGGUGGCAUUGCAAGUGUGAACGUGUUCGGUAAUGAGGAUGUACAAGAGGCUGAGAAGAGACGAGAGAAGCGGAAGAUGGAGGUGGUGGGUGAAAAGCGAUCUGGCAAACAGCACGCAGUGGACUCGAUCAUGGAGGAAGAAGAGCGACGAAGGAGAGGCAAAAGUCGGCGGCUGGAGGAGGAGUCGAAGCGCCAGCGGAAAGAAAACUGGGUAACUUCUGGCAUCGUGGUCAAGGUGACGAACACAAAGGUAGGUGACGGCCGGUAUCACAAGUGCAAAGGAGUUGUGAAGGAUGUGGAAGAUAAGUUUUGUGCGACUGUGGAGAUGCUGGAUUCCGGAGAUGUCCUGCGACUGGAUCAGGACGAUCUCGAGACGGUCAUCCCGAAACUCGGACGCAAAGUCAAGGUUGUCAACGGGCUCGGACGUGGAUGUACCGCAAAGUUACUCGCUAUUUCGGUCAAUGACUUUUGCGCUCGUAUUCGGAUCGAUUCGGGACCACAUCGGGGCGAGAUCUUAGAUCGAGUAGAGUACGAAGACAUUUGUAGGCUGGCGGAUGAAUAG